AAAUCACAAAAUUUAUGCAAUAUGUUUGGUUCCCGGGAAUGAUUCGUUUUAAUUUCAAAUGACACAAAAGACAUGUAUUUUAAUCAAUCACAAAGUAAAGCUUAACUAAAGAAUGCUCGUACCUGUGAUUGCUUCUACUGGUUUCACUUCAAAGAAAUUGAUUGUACACAUAGAUAACUACACUAUAAAUCAAUUUGUUUGUGUUUUGCAUAGUACAAACUAUUCAAUAAUAGGUUUAGAAUUCAAAGCAAGGUUAUUAGUUGUACAGGGUGCAAUGUACCCGUUCAUCAGCAAUGCAAGAUAAGAGGCCAUUCGUUUGUACGAGCAGCCUUUACAUGUAGAUGUAGCUGCGGCUUUACUCGGCGGAACAAACCCUGAAAGCGAAUUUUCCUAUGCUAGCAGAUGCCUUUUUCUUUGAUUUUUGCCAAUCGCCAGCCCAGCGAAAUACAAAGAAAAGAAGCUGGAAACGGCGUUUGAAAUCACUUUAUCAGCCGCCAUUUUGUUGUUCCAAGCAGCUAAGGGCAAGUAGAAAAAGGCAUAGUUAAAUCGCCCUAUCAACAAUUCCUUUAGGAUAUGGUUAGCCAAAUACCAGCCUAUAUUCUUAGAUGAAUAUUUUGUAUAGUUUCAUCAGUAAAUAUGCAAAUAAUGCAAAGGAAGGCAAAACUAAAUGAGAGGCUGAGAGAAGCCAUGUUAGAGAAAACCCUCGGUUUCAUGCACCACCACCAGCCUUAAGUUGUUUUGCUGGCAAAUUAAAGUCUAAUUCAAAGCCCCUAAUAGCGCUUUUGUCUAACGCCAGCCCCCUUCGUGUCACAUGGCAAUUAUCACCGCUAUUACCAAGCCUAAGUACUCAGAAAAUGUGACGUAAUGGACCUUGAACAAUACCUUCCAUUAGAGUUGUACAAUAACAAUUUGAAAGUACAAAAACCCACAGAUAUCUCUAUCUUCACAGCUUGUUCUCACCCGAUUCAAGUGCUUAGGGUAUUUUGGUCAUUCUGAUGACAACAGUGGGUUAAUGCUAGGAAUUAAGAAAUUAUGAAGCCGUGUCAACGGUUUGUACCUUAAAGUACAUAAUCCUUAACAAUCCUGCGUAAACAGAUCAAAAAGGAUGGAUUUGGGAGGCGGAAUGUUUACACAGGAUGACCUUAUCACGGAACUUAAGCUUCACAACAAAUCAGUGUUGCUAGUAGGCGAGAAAAAUACCACGCAGGGGAAGACUGGUCUCCGUUUGGCGCAACUUGAAAUGGACUUCAAGACCAGUAAUGUGUCGGCACCACGAUUCAGAAUACGACGACAAAGGAGUCGUACUUUGCCGUUAAUUGAGGAUGUCAGUGUGAACGGUGGCGCAGCGGUGAAAAAGAAACCAGUUCGGUUGACAAAGUCAUUGAACUUCCUAGACGAAAAUGAAGCCAGGCGAAGUCAUACUUCUAGAAGAAGAACUUAUACAUCCGGAGCUAUAUCUAAAGAUGUCACAUUUUCUAAAAAUAUGACUGCAAGGGCAUUGGCGUCAAGUAGUACGAGCUCUAUGAUGGAAAAAACGCGUGACUCGCGAUUAUAUGACCGCCGACACACUCUUAUAUCAUCUAAACGCAACUCACUGGAUGUACCGCAUGAAAGAAAAAGCUCCAUUGGUUUUGGUAGCCGCAAAUCAAUAUCAAACGGGGACAGAAACGCGCUAUUUACUAUUGUUAAGGCGCGCUCACUAGCACUAAAAUGGUACGGCGGCGGUUCUCGAAAAGAAAGAAGGAAAGCUCCGAGUAAAGUUCUACCUACAAUCGGUGAUACCGCCAAAAUUUCGCUGUGUAAAGCAAAAUGCAGUCCUCAAUUUGCUGAAGUGGUGCAACAUCUACAAAAUGACACUGAAGAUCUGGAAGAAAAAUUAGAAAUUCUAUCGCUUGAAUAGUGCGUUUUGAAAAAAAAAAACGCGCAAGGAAGGCUCGAGAAUGACAUAAAUACAAAUAUGUCUUUCAUCGGCUCAUCUUUAGCUGUCGUUGUACUAAUACAAAAUUUGAUGCGACGAAGUCUAUAAAGUGUAAAAUAAUUGCUAACAAUAUAGAGCCUUUGCAAGCUAGUUUAUUUAUUUCCCUAAAAGACAACAAAUAUCCAUAUAUUGCAAAUUGGAUACUGGAAACAAUACAGGCAGCAUUCUUAGCUCAGUUGUUUUUUAGUUAAACAUUCAUAAAGAUGAAAGCGAAUGCAAUUUUAAGAAUAUAGCAGCUUUAACUUGUAUAAAAGUAAAAUAUGUAUAUACAUUAAAAUUUAGUAAUCAACACUUUUGGAAGAUUUAUUAUUUGAUGUACGAGAAACUUCCUUGGCAACAAAAUAUAUAAAAACACGUUUCAGCA